AUGGAGCAAAGCCCAACUGAUGCUGACCACGAUCCUGGCCCUGUUCCUGGGCCUCGCCAUGGGCAUGGGAAUGAGCUCGACCUCGAGCUCGAGCAGCUGGAGCUACAGGACGUAUCAUCUGGAACACAGUCGCCCGAAGGCGAGGCGGCCGUCGCGAGGAAUGACGAACAGCCGCCCGCGGCGUCGCACUCAGGCUUUGCCUUCCAGCAGAGGAAGGAGAAGGGACGCGUACGGUUCAACAGCAAGUCUCACAUGACAUCAGAGCCCAGCACAGCGGCAUCGGGAUCCGAAAACAGGCGGCCUUCCGAGGGCGCCCGACCCCGACCGUCCCUUGUGCGGAACCCGAACUCAUCGAACUCGGUCGUCUCCUCCGAGCCCGACCCGGAUGUUUCCGAUCCAAAGAAGUACAGCGAAACCCGCUCAGCCCGGGGAAACCUUGAAGAUGAAGACGACAGGCUGUUCAACUGGGUGCGAGGCAGCCGCAGCCCGCCGAGUACCGCAUGGUCGGAGGACCUGGAGGAUGACAACAGAAACGAUCUGGUCCCUCUGACGACACUGGAAAGUAACCCGCAAACGGGGGAGCCGUCCGGGACCAAGCCUGAUGAGCCAACUGCCGAGGAGCAGACUGAACGGCGCAACUUGGAGGCCCAGGAACUUCUCAUGGCACAUGGUUUUGGAGCACAGGCUCAGGGCCUGCAGCAAGCGACCGCAGCCCAGGCAGACGGCGUGGUCUCCCCGAGGGACUCCGUCAUGAGCACUCGAGGGAGUAACGUUCCUCGAGGUGGUGUUUUCUACCAGAUCUUGCAGGCAUACCGCAACCCCGACCUCACAUUCCAUCCGAUGCAAAGCAUCGAGUCUGGCCUGACUGCCUACGACUCACCAGCGGGUGCCCAGGCGACCGUCCGGACACCAAGCUCAUCUGGCAGACAGACACCCAGGAGGAAAUGGCACGAGAAGCCCGAGGCACGAUCGACCGAGACUCUCGCCACGCUGGUCGGCGCGUCGACCAAGCUGGCAAACCCGAACGCCAAGGAGAAGACGCGGCGCCCCGAGACGUCUGCGAGCAGCACGAGACCCAAUCACCGACGGAAGACUAGUGGCUCGCGCAUCCUGUCUAUGAUUGGGGCCAGGGCGCCUGAAGAUGAGGCCCGAAUCACCAUCCACGUCGCCGACAUCCUCCAGAGGCAGAAGUAUCUGAUCAAGAUGUGCCGGGCUCUGAUGCUGUUCGGCGCGCCGACGCACAGGCUGGAGGAGUACCUGUCCAUGGCUGCCAACGUCCUCGAGAUCACCUGCCAGUUCCUGUAUAUACCUGGCUGCAUGAUCAUCUCGUUCGAUGACGUGCUCACCCACACGGCCGAGGUCAAGAUCGUUCGCACGCAGCAGGGCGUGAACCUGGGAAAGCUCAAGGACAUCCACGACAUCUACAAGGAGGUCCUUCACGAUUGCAUCGGCCUGGACGACGCCGUGGCCCACCUCGACGAGAUCAUCUCGGCCAAGGACCGCUUCCCGCUGUGGGUGGUGAUCCUGACGUACGGCUUCGCCAGCGCCGUGGUGGCCUGCUUCUUCAGCGCGCGGCUCAUCGACCUGCCGCCCAUUUUCGUGAUGGGCACGGCGCUGGGAUUCAUGCAGCUGUACAUGGCGCCCAUGUCCCGCACCUACAGCAACGUGUUCGAGAUCGUAGCCGCGGUGCUGCUAUCCUUCAUCGCGCGCGGGCUGGGCAGUAUCCAGGGCGGCGGCCUGUUCUGCUUCUCGGCGCUGGCGCAGAGCUCCAUCGCGCUGAUCCUGCCGGGCUGGAUGGUGUUGUGCUCGGCGCUCGAGCUUCAGUCCAAGUCGAUGGUUGCCGGUUCGGUCCGCAUGGUCUACGCCGUCAUCUACUCGCUCUUCCUCGGCUACGGCAUCACCGUCGGCACCGCGCUCUACGGCGCCAUCGACCCCAACGCCGCCAACGAGUCCACCUGCCGCGAGCCCCUGGCCUCCCACUGGAACUUCCUCUUCAUCCCGCUGUACGCCUUCUUCAGCACCAUCAUGGUCCAGGCCAAGUGGAAGCAGAUGCCCGUCAUGAUCCUCAUCGCCACGGCGGGCUACGCGGUCAACUUCUGGAGCAGCCAGAAGUUCAGCGCCAGCGCCCCCAUCGCGUAUACAUUUGGCGCCUUCACCAUCGGCGUCCUGGCCAACCUUUACAGCCGUCUCAGGCACGGCGUUGCUGCUGCCGCGCUGCUCCCUGCCGUGUACUGUCAGGUCCCAGGGAGUCUGGCGUCCUCGGGCGCGGUCACGAGCGCGAUUUGCAUAUCCCAGUCCCUUGCUAACGACAUCGGGUCUGAGGCGUGCGACACCUCUAAUAACCUUGUUUUCAGCGUUGCGGCGAGCAUGAUUCAGAUAGCGAUUGGCAUCACCGUUGGUUUGUUUCUCAGCGCACUUAUCAUAUACCCCCUGGGGAAGCGACGGAGUGGUCUGUGGACUUUGUAG